CUCGAUUCUUCUUUCUAUCUUAUUCUCUAUCCAUCUCUCUCCUUUUCUCUCAUGGAGUCUCUGUUAUCAUGCCUCUUCCCACCUUCUUCCAUUCAGAUCUGAAUUUGUGUUUUUCUUCUAUCUUUUCCGAUUCAGAUCUGAAUUCGUGACUUCCAUUUUGGAAUUUGAAAUUGGGUUUAAUUUUGAGAUCGGACUCGCGGAUUAGGCGGGUUUCAUAUUCUGCGCUGGAUUCGAAUUGGUUGUGUCAUGUUAUAUGUUACUCUUCAUUUUUAUUUUCAGGAGAAGAGCAAUCUACUAAAUGGCAUCUUCUUCUACCAUACAUCCUCCUCCUCAACCAAAGUUUGAUGUUUUCAUUAGUUUCAGAGGUGAUGACACUCGUCAGAACUUUCUUAGUCAUCUUCAUGCUGCUUUGUCCCGAGCCAAAAUUGUAACUUUCAUAGACCAUCAUCUCAACAGAGGAGACAAAAUUACAGAGGCACUUCCAACAGCAAUUGAGGAAUCGCAACUGUCCAUAGUACUCUUUACCGAAAACUAUGCUAAUUCGAGAUGGUGUCUGGAUGAACUUGUAAAGAUACUCGAUUGCAAAAGAAUGAUUGGGCAAAUAGUUGUACCAGUCUUCUAUAAUGUUAAUCCAUCAGUUGUACGUGACCAAACAGGAAGCUUUGCGGAGGCUUUUGCUCAACAUUCAGAGAAGAACUUUCACAAGAUAUCAAUGUGGAAGGAUGCACUCAAAGAAGCAGCUGGUUUAUCUGGCUGGGAUUCCCAUGUCACAAGCCCUGAUGCUACACUUGUUGACGAGAUUGUUAAAGAUGUCUCAGCCAAACUUGGUUUAUUAACCUCGAGCGGAAAUGAUGAUAGUUUUGUUGGAAUCAAUGAACGCAUUCAAGAAAUUGAAUCGCUAAUGAGUAAAUCUUCCAAAGACGUUCACACCAUAGGAAUCUGGGGGAUGGGAGGUAUGGGUAAAUCAACUCUUGCUCAAGCUUUUUUCAACAAAGUGUAUCCCCAAUUUGAUGCAUAUUGUUUUCUUGACAAUGUUAGAGAAGAAUCACACAAUUGCGGUCCAAAAAAUUUACGAAAGGAACUUCUCUCUGCAAUUUUGAACGAUGAUAAUCUGAAUCUCGAUGCUCUUCAUAUAGGACUUCCUAUUGUAAGGAACAGAUUGCAGCACAAAAGGGUACUUGUCGUUUUUGAUGAUGUGAACAAUUUUCAACACAUACAACAUUUAGUUGGAAAGUUUGAAUGGUUUGGUCCAGGAAGUAUAUUCAUCAUAACAAGUAGAGAUAAGCAAGUGUUGAAGAAUUUAGUUGAUCAGAUCUAUGAGGUUAGAGGAUUGAAUUCCCAUGAAGCACUUUGUCUUUUUAGCCGAUAUGCUUGCAGAGAACAACGUCCUCCCAUUAAUCAUGUAUGGUUAUCAGACAAGGUGAUAAAGUAUGCUAAUGGUAAUCCUUUAGCUGUGACAGUUUUGGGUUCCUUUCUACUUGGAAAGAGUGAGGAAGAGCAAAAAUGUGCAAUGGAUAAACUGGAAAGAACGCCGAACAUGGAUGUUCAUAAGGUUUUACGAAUUAGCUACGAUGAAUUGGACCAUGAUGAAAAAAAUAUAUUUCUCGAUAUUGCUUGCUUCUUUAAGCACAGGGAUGUUAAAGAAGUAAAAUGUCUUCUCAGAGACUGCGGUUUCUUCGCGGAAGUUGGAAUAUGCGUUCUUAUUGACAAAUCUUUAAUAGCAAUAAUUCACGAUAACAUUUUAUGGAUGCAUGAUUUACUACAAGAAAUGGGGCGAGAAAUUGUCCGGCAAGAAUCUGUGGGCGAGCCGGGAGAACGUAGCAGGUUAUGGGAUGCUGAAGACGUCACUCAUGUGCUGACAAAGAAUACUGGCACGAAAGCAGUUCGCGGCAUAUUACUAGAUACCACCACCUCAGAAAGGGUAGUUAGAGUAUCUCCUACAGCUUUUGAAAGGAUGUACAAUCUUAGACUCCUCCAGAUCACUAAAUAUUAUUGGCAUAAACCGAAAGUGCAGCUUCCUCAAGGCCUUACAUCUCUUCCUGAUGAGUUGAGGUAUCUCCGAUGGUGUGAUUACCCUUUGACAUAUUUGCCAACAGGUUUUAAUCCAGUGAAUCUAGUUGUACUUGAAAUGCAUAACAGCCACCUUGAACAACUUUGGCAUGGAAGACAGGAUCUCCCAAACUUGAAACAUAUUGAUCUUAGCUACUCGCGGAAUUUUAUCAGAAUCCCAGAUUUAACACUGGUCACAAAUCUUGAGACUCUUUCAUUGGCAGGGACUGCAGUAGAAGAAUUGCCCUCAUCAAUCCAAGAUCUCACUUCACUAGUUGAUGUGAAUCUCAUGAAUUGCGAGAGGCUUAGGAAUCUUCCGAUUGGUGUUGGUAACUGGAAAUGCCUCCAAAGGUUAGAUUUGGGUGGGACCCCAAUAGAGGAAUUGCCCUCAUCAAUUGAAUGUCUCACUAAACUAGUUAAAUUGGUUCUCUUUGAUUGCGAGAGGCUUAGGAAUCUUCCGAUUGGUAUCGGUAACUUGAAACGCCUCAAAUUAUUAUCUUUGGGUGGGACCCUCCCAAUAGAGGAAUUGCCCUCAUCGAUUGAAAGUCUCACUGAACUAAUGGAGUUGGAUCUCAGAGAUUGCAAGAUGCUUAGGAAUCUUCCAAUUGGUAUUGGUAACUUGAAAUGCCUCAAAUCCUUAUCUUUGAGUGGGACCGCAAUAGAGGAAUUGCCCUCAUCAAUUGAAAAUCUCAUUGAACUGGCUGAAUUGGAUCUCAAGAAUUGCGUGAGACUUAGGAAUCUUCCAAUUGGUAUUGGUAACUUGAAAUGCCUCGUAUGCUUAUCUUUGAGUGGGACUGCAAUAGAGGAAUUGCCCUCAUCAAUUGAAUCUCUCACUAAACUAGUUGUAUUGGAUCUCAUGGAUUGCAAGAGGCUUAGGAAUCUUCCUAUUGGUAUUGGUAACUUGAAAUGCCUUGAAUCCUUAUCUUUGGGUGGGACCCCAAUAGAGGAAUUGCCCUCAUCAAUUGAAAGUCUCAUUGAACUAAAGGAUUUGUACGUGGAUUGCAAGAGGCUUAGGUAUCUUCCAAGUGGUAUUGGCAACUUCAAAUGCCUCGGAUGCUUAUAUUUGAGUGGGACCCUAAUAGAGGAAUUGCCCCCAUCAAUUGAAAGUCUAACUGAACUAAUGGAAUUGGAUCUCAGGAAUUGCGAGAGGCUUGGGAAUCUUCCAAUCGGUAUUGGUAACUUGAAAUGCCUCGGAUGCUUAUAUUUGAGUGGGACCCCAAUAGCGGAAUUGCCCUCAUCAAUUGAAAGUCUCACUGAACUAAUGGAAUUGGAUCUCAAGAAUUGCGAGAGGCUUAGGAAUCUUCCAAUUGGUAUUGGUAACUUGAAAUGCCUCUUAUCCUUAAAUUUGAGUGGUACCCCAAUAGAGGAAUUGCCCUCAUCAAUUGAAAAUCUCAUUGAACUAAAGACGUUGGAUCUCAGGGAUUGCAAGAGGCUUAGGAAUCUUCCAAUUGGUAUUGGCAACUUGAAAUGCCUUCAAUACUUAUAUUUGAGUGGGACCCCAAUAGAGGAAUUGCCCUCAUCAAUUGAUUGUCUCACUGAACUAGUGGAAUUGGAUCUCAGGGAUUGCAAGAGGCUUAGGAAUCUUCCAAUUGUUAUUGGUAACUUUAAACGCCUCAACUACUUAUUAUUGAGUGGGACCGCAAUGGAGGAUUUUGAAUUUGAUCUCAGGGUCAAAUAUUAAUAAUCAAAUGCUUUUAAUUGAAGAAGCUUAACAGUUGCCAUGAACAUUUAUAUGUUUGAAAACUCUACGUGCUAAUAUGAAAUUGAUUGUUGAGUUUUGAUGUUUCUUUUAA